AGAACCUAACUGUCAGGCUAGAAUAUUCAUUCAUUAAUUCCUCAUCCUGUUGACAGUCAAGAGGUAGCAAACAACUUUUUACAGGAGUGAGAAUUGGCACGCACCGCCACCACCCAUAGCCAUGGCCGCGAAACCUCUCUUGAUCUUCACCAUUACCGCCUGCAUCCUCCGCAACGUCGCCGUUUCCUCGCCAAACUCCACUUUAACCGCUGCACACGCGGAGCUACUCGAGUAUGGCUUCCCCGUAGGCUUACUCCCUGCCAACCUCCAAGCCUACGAUCUCAACCGUACUUCGGGAGACUUCGUGCUGAAGCUAGACGACACGUGUCGCAUAACGCUGCCUCCGGACAACUACUUGGCUACCUACUCCAAAAAAGUCACUGGUAAAAUUGUAGAGAAUCGUAUUGCUGGGCUUGAUGGAAUUGGUGUUAGGGCUUUUUUUAGGUGGUGGCGGAUUAGUGGAAUCAGAUCCAACGGUCAGGAUUUGACCUUUGAGGUUGGCUACAUCACCAAAAGUUUUCCAUCUAAGGAUUUCGAUGAAAGUCUUGAAUGUGAAGGCAAGCGUUCUUCUUCUUAA